UGGAGAAGCAGAGUUACCGCCACCGGCGCCGCUAACCUCAGUAACAACACAGACAGCAGGACGAAGGAAACGAGAGGGAUAACGGAUACACGGAGCGGAAGGAGAAGGAUGGAAACCGUGGAGCAGCUCGUCUCCUUCCACCACAUUCAGGUCCAGUUGAGCGGGGGCGCGCCUUGGGGGUUCACGUUGAAAGGAGGGCUAGAGCACGGGGAGCCGCUCAUCAUCACCAAAAUCGAGGACGGAGGGAAGGCUGCCCACUGCAAGAAGCUGAAAGUUGGUGAUGAACUCAUUAACAUAAACGGAUCCCCCCUCUACGGCAGCAGACAAGAAGCCCUGAUUCUCAUUAAGGGAUCCUACAGGAUACUGAAGCUCACAGUCAGGAGACGUAGUGUCCCUUUCAUCAGGCCUCACUCCUGGCACCUGGCAAAGCUGUCGGAGCUGCCCUUCCCUCCCCCUCCCCCUCCCCCCCCGUCCCCUCCUCCAGCACCACCCUGCCUCCCCACUGCCGACUCCCCACCUCUCCCCCCUCCUCCACCCCCUCCACCUGCCAUGCAGCUCCACCCCGGCCCUUACACACUACCCUGGCACACGACUGACAGCAGUGAUUUGUCCAUACAGUGGAGUCAGCUGUCCAGACCUUACUCCUCCACUGACCGAAGCAGCUCCCUGGGCUCCAUGGAGAGCUUGGACACACCUACACCCACCACGCAGCCAUACUCCGACUCUCAUAAUUCACCAGUCGAUCCCACCCUCUUCAACAAUAAGAGAGACUCUGCCUACAGCUCCUUCUCCGCCAGCUCAAACACAUCUGACUACGCGACAGUCCCUCUCAGACCCGGUGAAGCCAACUCAAUGGAUAACCUCUUGUCUUGUCAAGGCUACCCUGUUAGAGACACCUCAACCCUUUGCGAGUCACCUAGUGAGGGCAAAGAUGAGGCACCGCUGAUCACACAAAAGUCCAGAUCACUGACUAGGCCGAGACCAAGGCCCAUCGAGGUAAAAGAGAGACCCUCGUCCUGCUGCUAUGAGCAGGAACGGAGGGGUGGAGGCUUUGAGAUUCUAAGAAAUGGAGAAACAGGAAUGGAAAGAAAAAGGAACCCUCCUCAGCCUCCAACCAGAAAAGAUAGUUUUAGGGCAACCCGGAGUCAUCCCAAUUCCACCAACCCACGUUGUGCUUCUGCUCCUAUUGAAAGUUCUGGUGUUUCUUCUUAUUAUGAAGAAAAUAAGCUCUCACUUAAUCUUGAAUCAGGAAUGCAUAAUGGCUUCCCUGCACCAGGAGGAGGUCAAAGUGGGAAUUUCGAGAAGGAUACUUUGGAUACGCACUGUAUCCAGACGGAAAAUAUUAGAUUUAUAAAAUGUGACACUAGUGCUCAUAAAGACUACAACUCAGAGAGCACCUCAGAAAACCUCUCUGAACCACUGACAACUUCCUUAAAUCCCAACCUCCCCUCUGAUUCUGACACCUUGCCUGCAGAAGCCUCCACCGAGGUUCAAGAGCAGUCCUGCAUCUCCCACACUCAGACCAAGCACUGCUCUACUGUGCUACACAGGCACAGCGCUCCCGAGAAGCUCCUUGCUACACAACUUCAAUUGCUGCAGUUUAACAGUGACAGCCCUUCUGUGGAACCAUGCAGUCUAUCAAACCCUUCUGAGCCCUCUUUGUCUCCCUGCAGCAGCCAGUGGUCCCCUUCAUCACUUCAGCCAAUGAGUGAACACCAAGAAGCUUCUCAAAACCACCUUCAUGCCACGUCAAACAAAUGGGGAGGUAGCCGAUGCUCAACCCCAGGAUCUGUGUUCUUCGAAGGAGAUGGUGAUGACAAAGAUUCAAGAGAGAGGCUGAAUGUGAAUGGCGGUUCUCUCACACCGGAUCAGCAUCACGUGCCAUGGGGUCACUCUGUGAGCGUGCCAGGGGAGAGCACAGGAUCAUCAGCACAGGAAAGACUGAGCUCUGAGCAGAUGCUUGAGCGGGACUUUGAGCCUCUUAGUGCUGCUGCAAGUAUGGAUACCUUACUGGAUGAGCAAAGAGCAGUGGACAGAGGAAAAGGUGAAGAAAAAAAACAAGAAGUUGUAGAAGGUGAGGCAAGUGCAAAAAAGUCCAACUCUUCCAGGAACCAUCGAAGGAACCGCCGGCGAAGCGAGAGAUUUGCCACCAACCUGCGCAAUGAGAUUCAGAGGAAAAAGGCCCAGCUUCAGCGCAGUCGAGGUCCAGGAGGGUUACUGUGUAGUAGAGAAACUGUCCAGGAGGAGGAUCCAGAUGUCAAUGAGGAGGGAGAUGCAGAACAGCCAGCCCAGGAAGACGGUGCCAAGGCUACAUUUGCCACUCCUUCUCUUCCCCAAGAUUCCCAGACCUCAGAACCAGUCAUACCAUCAAACACCUCAAGUGAAUCAGACCGUGAUGUCUUAAAGACUCAGUCUCCAUCCCUAACCUACCCUCAGAACAAUAGUUUAUCCAGAUCUGUCCAAAUUCUGGACCCAGGCGCCCCGAGUUUUGGUGUUGGCAUCCGAGUUGUGGAGGAACCAGCUCCCGCUGGCAAGGCCCGCCGUUGGCGUUGGACCCCUGAGCACAAACUCCAACCAGAACCUGAUCAAGACAGACAGUGCAGAGUUUCCAAUGAGAGCGUUUUAGGAGUAACAGGGUCUCGUCAUGGAGUUUGUGCUUUCACCUCAUCAUCUACAUCAACAUACGGCCGCUCGUCUUCAGGUUCUCGAACCGAGGAUUCUGAUAUCCUUCCGUUUGCAGAUAGAAUGAAGUUUUUUGAGCAAACGAGCAAGGGCGUGUCUGUUUCAAAUGCCCUGGGGUCUAUCCGGAGCACCAGAGGGGGAGAGCCUCCAAACCAAAGGAGAUAUUCCUAUCAGGGGGGACCACAGGAAAGCUCCCUGCUUUCAAACACUGUGGAGGCCAGGAGGCAGUCUGUGAGUAACAGCAGGGAGAGGCGGAAAGAAAAGGAGAGGGAACAAGCGAGGGAAAGGGAGGAGAGGUUGAGGGAGCGAGAGGAGAGGCUAAGAGAAAGGGAGAAGCAGCAGGAAAAGGAAAGACAAGAGAGGGAACUGGAAAUGGAGAGGGCAAGGAUGAGGGAGAUGGAGCGGGAGAGAGAGCGAGAGGAGCGGGUCCGACAGUGGGAAAGGGAAAGGGAGCUCGAGCUGGAAAGGGAAAAAGAAAUGGAGAGAGCGAGAGAACGAGAGCGACUCCAAAAUCAAAGAGAGAAAGAGCUUGAGAGAGAAAGAGAGAAGGAAAGGGAAGAAGACUGUCAGCUCACCUCUCAUCAGGAGUUUUAUCGUAGCUGUGGCUUCACAGUAAAAACUCAAGACUUCCAACAACACAAGGAGAACUUCCACAACUUCCAGCCCAAACCUCAGAUAUUCUCCCACAGCCAAACCCAGAGUCACGUCCCACGAUCAGCUUUUUAUCCAGUCAGCACCCCUUCCCAGCGACCAGAGAACCGACAAGCUCUGCCCCCGGGAUUCUCAGCACAGAGUUACACAUCUGCAGAGACUUAUCCUGCCAGGCAGCAGGAAACAAGCAAGCUCAACAGGAAGUACAGCCUGACCGAGAGGGACUACCCAAGCUGGAGGCGGGAGUCCAGACCUCCAGAGAACAUCGGUCAGUACCAGCAGCACCUCCAGCAGCCUCGAUGGGGCCUCAGACACACAGACAGCAGCACUGAUGACCACAACGGCUACGCUUUUGCACCUCCACCAGCUCCUCUUUAUCUCAGAGGUCGAGCCAUGUCCGAAAACGACCUCCGCUUCGACAGCAGCCAGCGCUGGUCCCCUUCAAUUUCCAUGGCAACCAGCCAGACCCUGAGUGAGGUGGAGGAAGGCAACAUGAGACGUGGAGAUGCAUCAAGUGUUUCCAGGCAAAACAGGAAGAAGACACCCCCUCCUCCAAGACCACCACCCCCAAAGUGGGAGCAGUUCCACCGCCGGCGAGCGUCUCACCACACCCUGUUCGCCUCCUCAUCUGCUUCUGCUGCUCCUCACUCCAUCCCUGCCUCCUUCAACUCUCCAGGGGCUCACUAUUCAGCCCACUCAUCCACCUACGUCCCUCCACCUGACACUUCCAGGCAGAGGUCCUUCAGUCUUCCUCCAGAGAGGCAGGAAGUGGUGGAGGGCGGGUGUCCAAGAUGCAGCUGCAGUCAAACCCAGGAACGCACAAUCGCCCCGUCCAAUCAGAAUCAGCCUCAGUUUCAGGAACGCCUCAUUACCGUUGCUCCACCUAGCCCCAUGUUCUCCAGGAGGGGAUUCAGGCCGGUGGCUCCGCCCCAUAGAGAAAGGGAGGCUGAAUCACCUCUGCCGCCUCCACCGCCUCAUCCUCCUUCAGUAGCAAAGGAGAACAGUGUGAGCAGUUCAUCUGCGACGGACGUCAGCUGCAGCCCAGACCACAACAAAAUUACAGUCAAACCUUACAAACAGCAGCCCAGCGUGAGACCUGGAGCAGAGUGGGAGAGAGCUUCAGCCCCCAGGGUUCACAGCGACACGGCGACCCCUCCUAUUUUAGAAAACGGAGGUGUCAUCGAGGCUUCCGGUAGAUAUGCCAGUCAAACCGACUGCGAGCAACUUCGUGUGGACAGAGGCUUCCAGAUGGAAGAUCAGCAGAAGAUCCUUGAAACAGGAACCGAAUCAGAGACGACCCUCAGCCCGAGCCCAGAGCACAGCCUGGAGGCUGACCUGGACGUCCCCCUAGAGACCGACAUCGAUGACUUCCAGGAGGAGGAGCUUCCGGGAGAGGACAUUCCCAUCACAAGCGAGCUCCCGUGCUUCGCCCUCCCUGUCACGGUCCUGGAGACGGACAUCGACACGCUCCCGGAUUCUGAGGCAUCUCCGUCAGGCAGGACAAGGGUGGAGAGCAGCUCCCUGGAGGAGGAGCUGGAGGGUGGGGAGAGCAGCAGUAGAGAGGGGCUGAGCCUGGAGGAGCUCUUCCCCCAGAGCAGUGAGGGCGAGUCGGGCACAGAGAGCUGGAGAGAAGCACAACCCGUAGAGCACAGCACAGACAGCCUGGAUAGGCGGUCAGGAGCUAGCUCCAGCUGUUCGUCCUAUUACAGCACAUCAACGGCCAAGGCUCAGAUCCUGUCGCAGAUGAAGGACUUCACAGAUAACAGAGAGCGCGACAAGGAUGACGAGCUGACCUACAAGAAACAGCUGAUGGAGAGCCUCCGGAAGAAGCUGGGAGUGCUGAGGGAGGCUCAGAGAGGACUGCAGGAGGACAUCAGAGCCAAUGCACAGCUGGGAGAGGAGGUGGAGAGCAUGGUGGUCUCCGUGUGCAAGCCCAACGAGGUGGACAAGUUCCGCAUGUUCAUCGGCGAUCUGGACAAGGUGGUGAGCUUGCUGCUGUCGCUGUCCGGGAGGCUGCUAAGGGUGGAGACCACGCUGGACACACUGGACCCUGAUACGGAGCACCACGAGAGGCUCCCCCUGCUGGAGAAAAAGCGUCAGCUCAUGAGGCAGCUGUCCGAGGCUCAGGACCUGAAGGACCACGUAGACCGCAGAGAGCAGGCUGUGAGCCGCGUGCUGGCCCGCUGCCUCUCUCCAGAGCAGCACAGAGACUACAGCCACUUUGUGAAGAUGAAGGCCGCCUUGCUGGUGGAGCAGCGGCAGCUGGAGGACAAGAUCCGACUGGGAGAAGAGCAGCUGAGGGGGCUGAGGGAGAGCCUGGGACUGGGGCUGGGGCUGGGAAUGGGCAUGGGCAUGUCGAUGGGAUAUGGACAAUAUUAGGAACAACAAAGCUUGAAAGCGGAGAAGAAGGAAGGGUUUUUUUGUAGACUUUACUUGGAUAUGAAGAAAAGGAGAUUUGGUGAUUACGAUUUCAUCUGUCUGAGAAAAGGAUGCCAUCCUGAUCAAUUUUCAUCGUGAACCUCCGCUCUUAUUUUGAAGGAAAACUGCAUCACUUGUUUUGAGACCAAGUAUGAAACCAUUGCUAGGAGCUGAUUAACUUGGAAAUAACUGGGCUGGCUCCAUCUGCAGAUAGCGAAAUCGUCUCCUUGUCUAAAACUGACUGCCUCACAGAUUUCUGAAGUCUUCAUGUAGCUUCACAUUUAGCACCUCGAACUACUUUUUUAAGGAUUAGCAGACCUGUACGCAGAGAAUUCAGGUCCAACACAAACAGCUGAAUCAGCACCCUGCAAGGCUCUAAGUAGGUGAGAAGUAAUGGAGGUCUCUCAACAACAGAGACCAGGAGAGAGGCACGAGUCCAAGGUGUCAAAAUGAAAAAAGACGGGGGAAAAAAAGACUGUUAUUAUCAUUAACUACAGACUGCAGUGGAUGGAUAAAUCUAAAGAUAUACCAAAACAUAUCAACAAUUAAUCUCCAGGAUAUGCGAUCUGAGAGCACAGAGCAUGCUCAGUGUUGGAAAUGGGGGGCGAUCUGUGAGUGAAACAGCUGGUGAAGAUUCAUAGUGAGCGGCUUCUCGUGGACCGAACGAACACGUGAGAAAAUGUUGUACCCUCUGCUUCACAUUAUGAACCACGUACUGUAACAUUUAUUGUCCUCUAACCAGUAUCGCGCCACGCUGCCAAAGACAUUUUUGCUUGUUGAAUGUGUCACUAAGACGCUGCUCACUUUGUUGUUGUUGUUUUUAAUGUAUUUAAAUCUCCUGGUUCAGAGAAUUAAAGGAUUUUUUUGGUGCUUAACUUAACCACACUAAAGCCAAUAUUGUGAAAUGCCAUUUGCAGGAUUAUUAACAGCUAAACAUGUCAUUUCUACAGCCUUCAGCAACACAUAUACUGUUUUAUCUAAGCAUCAUAUUGUCAUAUCACUUUAUAUUCUUUUUACUGUAAUGUCUGUGGCUGUAAACAUGUGUUACUGUGUGGAGUUUGACACUUCACUGACUUGUUCUGCCACGGAGUGACCGUUAUGUACAGAAGAUGCGUGUUUAUAAUGUAUAUAGCGGUUUUGAUAUUUGAAAUGACUGGAAUAGGUUGUAAAAGAUGAGAAAGAAGACCAGAAGGAGUUGAAGUUUACUGUAUAUUUUGGCAGUGGAUGAAUCCAGUGUUUGGUUUGUGUUAAACUAAACUUUGUGUAUCCUUUUUCAUUUUUUCUGUCCAAUAAGCUUGUUCAAGCAACUGUAAAGUUUUAAAAAUGUUUUUAAGUCCACCAUUUUUGCCCUAAAAUUUGUAUUCGAGUCCCAAAUGUUGUAUAAAUUUUGGCUAUUUUUGAUAAGAAGAUUCAAACCCUGUCAAACCCUUUCAGUAUAUAUAAGGUUACAUCUAGCAGCCAGUUAGCUUAGUUUAGCAUUGAUGACAAGCCCGACUCUUUCUGCCAGCAAAAUUAAAUAAUUAACACAUUGUAUUUUGUUUAUUGAUCCAUAAACAAAGGAUUGAAAGUGUGAAAACUGCAGUGUUUUAAAGCUCUACCUCUUGAUGCUAAUGGAGCUAGCAUCUUGGUAUUUAGGAUUUAGCGGCUAAUUGUUUUAAGUUGUUUAUUUUAGCCUUGUUUUAAAGUUCAGCUCAAAUUAAACAAAACCAAUCUAAUCACUGAGUCAUAAAGUAAAUGUUAAACACCAAUUAUUAUAAAAACAUAAGGUAAGUAUCACAAUUGAUACUGGAACAAAAGUGUAAAGACCUAGCUACUUAACGUAAUUGUUUUAGCUUGUUUUGGUUUUGUUAUAACUUUUAGGUUAACCACAAAAAACACAAAAUAAACCAUAAAUAACCAACCUAGAUACAAUGUGUUAAAUAUUGAGCUUUAAAGUGCAGUUUGUACACAUUAAACAAACAAAAUGCAGUGUUCCCUUGUUUCAAGUCUUUCUGCUAAGAUAAGCUAAGCUAACACGCUCUUGGAAGUAGAUUGAUAUAUGUAGUAUCAGUUUUCUCAUCUACAUUUUAUCUAGAGAGCAGAUACAGCCCGUUUUAAAACUGAAUUUUGUGGUUUUUGUUGACAAAAUGGAGAGAAUUCAGCUUUCCUGAAAGAGAGAAGAACUUCUAGUUAAUUGUUUAUUGUUACAACCCUCCAUUAAACUUUAAAACAACUUCUGUCUUGUAAUUUGGGAUUUGUUGCCAAAAUCCAAUUCCAAGCUUUUUCCGCUGGCCUAAACCUCAGAAAGGAGUCCAGACCUGCCUGUCUGAAUAAAUACAAAUUCAAAACUAGAAGAGCAAACCCCAUUCCAAAGAUUUCUAAGGAAAGUGAUGCUGAAGGGAAAUGAAACGGCUCUGAAACGCUUUGGUCCAAUCUGUUUGAUCAUUUAAUUAUUGAUCAACUGAAACAAAGAACAAACCUACAUUUUAUUCCAUUAUCAUUUCAUUUUCUUAAGAUGUCCAGUUAAACUUAAAACUGUGUUACUCCCAUGUUUUGUACAUAUUAAAUGUAUCCCUGCUCUAUAAAUUGACUGGAAAUGUACUGAUUUGAAAGGAGAGGGACAGAAAGUUGCUUAUUGGACCUGAGAAAGAGAAUAAUUCUUCUGUUCAUGUUUCCAUCUGUCAUUUUGAUUUAAUACAAACCAUUUUUUGUCUCUUUUUGUAACAUGCAUUACUGAAAAGGCCUGUUUUAUAACUGCAAAAACACUCAUCUGAGGAAAAAGUACCAUAAAUAAUAAUAAUGAUAUUUUAAACCAGC